AUGGCAACAGGAGGAGGAGGCGAAGCUCCACUCCCUAAUGGACUUAAUGGAGCCCUGCAACAAUCCAAUAGUGCCGGUCGACGGGCCUCGUUCGACGAAGGGUACUUCAAUCAACAUGGAAAAACACCGUCAAAUGCUGCUGUCGCUAGAAAUCAACGCCCUGCAGUUUCAUCCACGAGACCGGUCACCACAUUCGUAGACCACGAUGUCAGCUCCUACACACAUCCACCGCUCUCUCGAGAAAUGUCACUGCCUGAUAUAAACUUUAGCAACGGAAAUCAGCCUAUACGGAAAAAGCAAUCGGGCUUGAAGGGCUUUUUCAAGUCCGCAUUCUCUUCUUCCAGUUCGACUAGUUCUUCUUCAGCAUCUUCAAUUUAUAAUGGGUCUGCCUCGGCUGCAACAAGUAGUGGCAUACAUCAUCACCAUCCACCACCUGCUGCUGGUGGUAGGAGGCCCAGUCAUCCACCUAGUAAUCCCUUCAGCAGUAACGGAAAUCCAUACUAUCUGGAACCGUAUAGUGAAUAUGAUGGUGGUGCUCCUAUGCAACGGGUCUCUAGUAAGGCAUCGCUCGAAGGAGGCAAAUCGAGAAAGAGUUCUGGAAAUUUGGGAAAGUGGUGGAGUAAUAGGAGUCAUGAUACGAGUGAAGAUUCGCUCAGUACUCGUAGUCCAUCAUAUACCAACCUGGCUCGUCUAAAUGGUUCAAAUCCAUCACCUCUAUUACUCUCCGAUAUACAUAUUGACGAUUCCGUAUCCGUAAUGGCUCCGUUAACAUCAGGUUCCGCUUGGGUCGCUCCAGACUCUUGGAAUAUUCAACCCGACUCACCAAGCGACGCACAUCCAGCAGCACUCGACCCAAUACCCCCACACGCACUGAAAUCAACCGCAGAUGUACUACUAUGGACUGACGAAAUGUAUGAAGCAAAUGGAAUCAAACCUGCCGAAGAGGGCACCAUACGUGUAUUCUAUCCAUCUGGAUACUUUUCGACAAUCACUUGUCGAAUGACUACAACCACCAAAGAAUUGCUUUUAGCUGCGUCCAAGAAACAGCUCAUUACAGAUUGGACGAAAUAUAAUCUGGUGGUUUGUCGGAAUGGGCUGGAACGUAAUUUGGAUAUGACAGAUUCGCCGCUUUUGAUGGUUUGGAGGUGGCUGCAGCAAGUUGGAUACUCGGUUGCUACGAAACCUGAUCCUUUGGAGUGGGCUAAUCAUACGUAUUUGUGCUCCUUUCAUUUCAAGGAGACCAUAUUAUCUUAUGACUCGUCACAACGAUUUGCUAGCAUGGUUGAUGUAUCACUAGCAGGCUCCAACAUUGUAGCUAUACCCGUAUUCCUCUUCAGACAAGCAGAUCAGGUUGAACGACUAGACCUCUCUGAAAAUCUAAAUAUCAAGGAAAUACCACUCGACCUAUCCCAAUCCAUGACCUCACUGUUAUCGCUCUCACUAGCCGGUAACGAAAUAUAUCAAGUCCCGAAAUCAUUGCAUGCUCUAACCUCACUCGCUAUACUGGAUUUAUCACGAAAUCGAAUCCAAUCAUUGCACUCAUCUGGCCUGGAAAACCUAGUAAAUUUAAUCCAACUCGAUCUAGCUAGUAACCUAAUUGAAGUAUUUCCAGCAGAGAUUGCUCAGAAUCUGAAAAGGAUUCAAGUGUUAAAUCUAAGUAACAAUCGAAUAAUCAACUUCCCCACUGACUUGUGUCGAUAUGUCGGUGAGUCGUUACAAAGACUGGAUAUGAGCUUUAAUGCUAUGAGAGCUACUAUACCUGAAGUUAUUGGAGAGUUAAAAGCAUUGAAAUAUUUGAGGCUGCAUGGCAAUGCAUUUUAUGGUGGUCUGCCCCGUCGAUUCACGGAACUCAAAGAGUUGGUGGAAGUCGAUUUACGCGGUAAUCAAUUGGGAGAGCUAAAAGGUGAAGAAAUAAUGGUCAUGGAUGUCCUAGCCGAACUACCUAAACUUAAUAUCAUAAAAAUGGACGGUAAUCGGAUACGGCAAGCUGGAAAAUGGGCUAGUUUAUCGCAUAGACAUCAUGGGCCGGCAGCACAAGAUGUAGAUGAUAUAUUUCCAGAGCAGUGGCAAAUGGAUCAUGAGGUUGGAACGCCGAUUGAUGAAGCUGAUGAUGACGACCCAAGGGUAUUGCUUGAAAUCCAGAAUGCUACAUACCUGUCACUUGCAUACCAAGCUGACUUGUACUCUGCACGGCCAUUGAUCUUUCGUAUAAUCAAUUCAUCUGGUAGUUUGACUCAUCUGAACAUCUCGUAUUGUGGUAUCGAGACACUUCCACAUACCAUAUUUGAAAGGCUGCAGGGUCUCACGUAUCUAGAUGUCAGUGGUAAUGCAUUGCGUAAACUGCCGCCGCUGUCUGGUACAGCUGGCGAUGGACUUUUCAAACUACAGGAAUUACAUGCAGGUAAUAAUAACCUGAUGGAAAUCCCUGACGAUGUAGGUGAAUUGGAAGAAUUGGCGAUACUCGAUGUACAGGCAAACCAGCUUGUCGAACUACCUCCAGAUAUAUGGAGGUGUAAAUCGUUACGAGUGUUAAACUGUACAGACAACUUUUUGGAACGAUUCCCUCCCGUGCCUGAUGAUACCAUAGCUACACGAUACCGAUUAAGUAGUCGUCGCCUGUCAGACGAGGUGCCGCAACUACCACCACUAAGCAGAUCUCUCGAAUCACUAUAUGUAGCUGGUAACCGACUAGGCGACGAUAUCUACCAAUCCCUAUACCUCUUGCCAUGCCUCACCAUCCUCUCCAUGGCUGAUAACCUAAUCACGGAUCUCGCCCCAUGGUUUAUAUCUGAUCCACACCCCGGUCUUAAGUUAUCAUGGUUUGGACGACUACGAGAGUUGUAUCUCUCUGGUAAUAACAUCUCUGCCAUACCACCCGAAGUUGGAAAUAUGAUUCAUCUUCGAUGGCUGUUUUUGAAUGGAAACCGUCUGCCUACUGUUGCACAUGAAUUAUCUAAAAUAUCUAAUUUGGCGGCAUUGGAUUUGGGCACGCAGCUGGGAUCGCGUGGGGAAGGGAAUGCGUUGAGGUAUAAUGUGAAUAAUGUGCCUUAUGAAUGGAACUGGAACCUGAAUCGAGAAUUACGAUAUUUAAACUUUUCAGGGAACAAGCGCUUAGAAAUCAAGGCCUCCUCGGCCCCAGUAUAUCCUACAAUCAGUCCGCUACCAUCACGAGGGCUCAUGGCACGCUCAGGCAGUAGCACAUCACUCCUCCAUCUAUCACUAUCCCUACAAUCUCAGCAGCAGCAGCAUGCAACACCACCCAGCACACCAAAUAUCUCGGAUUUAGCUGACUUCUCCCAGUUGAAACAUAUUCGAGUAUUAGGAUUGAUGGAUGUUAAUUGUACAAUCAACGUGCUAGAAGAAACUGAAGAGCGUCGUGUCAGAACGACAUCGUCAGAUUUAGCACUGGCUGGUUUACCUGGUGGUGUCAUACGAUAUGGUGUAGCUGAUGUAUUGAGUAGACCAGCUGAAGACAGGAAUUCGAAUAUGGUUCCAGUAUUGGAAGACUCUGGAUUCUUUAGUACUUGGGAUUUAGUGGUUCCACAAUUCCGAGGCCGUGAACAUGAAGCAUUGUUUGGAUUAUUUGAUGGACGUGGGACACGAGGUGGUGCAAAACUGGGACGACGGUUGUUUGAAAACUUCCCCAAAGUCUUUCAAAUGGAGUUGAAUCGGGUUGAGAAUGAUAUCAAAAAGUUCAACAACAGUCGUGGUGAUUAUGGGUUGCCUAUAGUCCUAGAACAAUCGGCUAUUGAGAUUGCCAUUCGGAAAACAUUCUUGACUGUGAACAAGAUGAUGGCCAAUACUUAUUUUAAUGCUACUACAAAAGGGCAUCCGAUGGCGCGUAAAGGAUCGUCUAGUAGUAUUGAUGAAGAGGCGGCAAAUUCUCUUGAAAACGAUCCAUACCGUAAAUUACGUAAACGUAGUGAUGGUCAGAUUAUCCCCGCAACUGAGAUAUAUGGAUGCUCUGGCGUCAUUGCGUAUCUAUACUCGACGCCGAUACCGGGAAGCCACGAACGCACCAAAACUCAGUUGUAUAUAGCCAAUGUAGGAGAUUGUGUGGCUGUCUUGUCUAAAACAGGUGGUCAAGCUAAUGUCUUGUCACGGCAUCAUGGCACCAAUGUGGAUACAUUAGGUAGACCUCCUGGUGCUUUCUUGCGUGUGAAAUCACAUCAAACCACCAGUGUACAAUCAUCCAUGCCUGGAUCUCCGAUAAGUCCAUCUGCUGUACCCGAUGUUGGAGAUGUGCCCGUAUCGUCUUCCGUAGUGCUGAAGUAUCUGCCCAUGGUUGAUGAUCCGUCCCCGCAACGGUCGUUUAAUCGACAAGACCUGUUUUGGCGGCUUGCUGAACUACAGCGGGUGCAUGAAUCGGGAGGAUGGUUGUCUUCAUCGUCCUUGAUUAAUGGACUGCUGGAUAUGAGUCGGGCCUUUGGAUAUUACGAGUUUUUAGGUCCUAUAACAGCGGAUCCGGCCAUUCGAAUGGUGGAAUUGGAUGUUGGUGACGAUGAUAUGGAUAAAGCAUCAGUCAUGUCUGGCGGGUCUACAGAUCUAGGACCAGGCACAGAUGAAUUUGUAGUACUGACGUCUGGCGCAGUGUGGAGAGCCAUGAGAUGUGCAGGUACAUAUGAAGAUGGAGCACAAAAGAUUGUGGAAGUUGCGAGAUCAACUUUUGGUGGCUUACCUGAUGCUUCUGGAUCUGUGCUACCUGGCAUGAUUCCUGUAACAAGUCAUCGCUUGGGAGGAAUGUAUUUGAAACCCAUGACUGGUGAUUUACGAAGACCUAGUAAUGUCAUUAAUCCUCCGUAUCAUGCACCAUCCAUUAAUUAUCCUGCUGUUGGUGGUACCGCGAUGGGAUCCACGAGCUGGAGUACUGCCGCGUCUAAAGUCCGUGAUUAUGCAUUGUCGUUAGGUGGUACGCAUGGGCCUGAUGAACAUGGUGGUGGAUAUCUAGUCAUGAUUUUAGGAUUGCAGGAUUUGGCUCGUCGAGCAGCAUGGUAUAAUGCAGUAGGACCACGUAGACGUAGCUCCGCUAGUGGAGAAUCUACAAUAUUAGAAGCCAGACGUGGAUCAGCAGUCAAGAAAGACAUUGAACCGCCAUUUGGACGCCUCGCCCUCGUAUUCACUGAUAUAAAAUCAUCUACCGAGUUAUGGGAACGUCAACCCAAAGUCAUGCAACGUGCCAUCCGAAUCCAUAAUGCUAUCAUGAGAGACGCGCUUCGACGGACUGGUGGAUAUGAAGUCAAGACUGAGGGUGAUGCGUUUAUGGUCGCCUUCCAGUCCAUGCUGCCCGCACUAGAGUUUUGUUUGACGGUGCAGACUCAGCUUGUCAGAGCUGAUUGGCCGGCUGAGAUUUUGUCUGCACAGGAUGGACAAGUUGUAUGGCAUGAUGAUGUUGAUACGUCGUCUUCGUCGUCGUCACCAGCGAAUAGUAAUAGUAGCUCUGCAACAGCAACAUUUGAUGAACACACUCGACUCGUCCUCCGAGGUCUCUCUGUCCGAAUGGGAAUCCAUUUCGGAACACCGCUGGGUGAAGCCGACCCCAUAACAGGCCGCAUGGAUUAUUUCGGACCUAUGGUAAACAGGGCCGCCCGAAUCGCUGCACGAGCACAGGGAGGACAAAUCCUCAUGUCGUUUGACGCUAUGCGGGAAUUCAAGAGACGGUUUUCACGUGCUGGUGGUAGUAUUGAAAAGGCGAUACGAGAUGGUGAAGAUUUCACUGAUCGCGUACGACCUGCUGAUGCUGAUGUGCUUGUCGUGCCGCCUGGUCGUGAACGGGAUGAUGAGAUUGCGAGGAUUAAGAAGCAGGGGAUGAAUGUGUGGAAUAUUGGGGAGGUGCAGUUGAAGGGGCUGGAGACGCCUGAGCUGUUGCAUGCGAUAUAUCCAAGAGACUUGGCGAUACGACACAGUUAUAUAUUGCUGCUUAUUGGACAUCGGUAUAAGGAGAUUGAGAAGCAUACCUUACACCUGCAACCAUUGGAUCCAAACGAAGUCAAACAGUUUGGAAACGUGCUUUUACGACUUGAAGAUGUACAGUCUGGUGGCACUGGUACAUACAAUGCAGACGCCAAGAAUGCAUGGAAGUAUGAAUGGAAGUUGGACAAGUCUGUUGAGUCUGAUCGUGAUUCGCUUGUGGAUACGUUGCUGGAGAUUGUUGAGAGGCUUGAAAUGACUGUGGAAGCUUUGGGCAAGAAAUGCUGA